AUUUACAGAACUGGGUCUUGAGAAUAAAAACAAACCCGCUCAUGCUGAGGAAAUUGGGAAGGCCUUGGGGUAGAGAGGGAGAGAGACAGAGAGGGAGAGAGCAGCAUAGCCAGGCAACUCCCUCCAUGUUUUUUUUAAAAGGCAGAUGAUAGACCAAAGUGUGCACGCAGCAGGCUUCCAGCACAACCUCUCAGCAACGCUAAGGCUCGUCCAACCGUGAUUUUAUUUCCAGCAGGAUUGAGACGUCAGCUUGAGGUUCCAUUGUUCACAGCGAGCUGUGCAAUCAACGGUGCAAAUAAGGAGGGGGACUUAAAAUCAAGAGAUUUAUUUUGGCUGUGGAAAAAAUACUGGACAACAACGAAACGUAGAGGACAAAGAAAGCUAGGACAAGGUAACCAUGUGUGCAGGAGGAUACCAGCAGAGACACAUUUUCCUGUUUAUGUUGGCUUUGCCAAUUAUGCUGGAAGACUGCAGUGUCCAGGCCUGUCGGAGUGGCACAGGGUCCCAGUGUGAGAAAGCUCCUUUUGUACCAGGCCACAAUCUGGCUGGAGAAGGCUUUGACGUGGUGCGGAUGCGUCGGACAGGAGCAUAUGUCAUCAAUGUCAAAGCCCACCUAGCUGACAACCACACCUGCACACUGUGUCCGAACCGAUUCCAAAAAGGAGAGAUUCAGAGACUCCCAGCUUCAGUGCUUGACUGGCGUCCCUUCAGCCGCUGCUCUAAGCAGCUUUCCAGUGCACUUCACCACUCUGUGGACUCCCUGCUGCGCAGCUCCAACUCGCUGGUUAACAACAACUGGGAUUUGGGUUUGAGCCUUGACAACAUUGGAAAGGCAGUUCUGGGAGGAAGCCGCUCAGAUUUGGCAAAGUUUGCGCGUUCGCAGCACAGUGUGGACAAAGCCACUUUUGCCAUUCAUGAAAUCAGUUGCACCUAUUACAGCUACAGGCUGGCUGAUCAUCCACCGCUGAGUGCAGAGUUCACAAAGCAUCUCAAGAGACUCCCACAGAGUUUAAACACAAGCCAGAACAGAGCCCUAUACAGACGUCUAAUAGACACUUAUGGAACACACUAUAUACACCAGGUCCAGCUCGGUGGUAAGGUGAGGCGAAUCACUGCCUUCAGGACCUGCCUGGCCACCCUGAAGGGCUUUUCAGAGGCAGAGAUCAAAAACUGCCUGAACGUUGAACUCCGUAUGGCAUUGGGUUUCCUCCCGGCCAAUGUAUCUUUCUCCAACAGGUGUGACAGCCUAUUUAAAGGCAACAUGAGCAUGGGCUUUUACCAAGGCUUCAUGACCCAUAAGAUUGAGGUUACUGGAGGAGAGAGGUACUUCCCUGACAUCCUCUACCAGCAGGACCCAUCUGAAGCCUACCACAGCUGGAUGAACAGCCUUCAUGAAAACCCCGAUGUGGUUUCUUAUGCCAUCUUCCCUCUGCAUCACUUGGUGGAGGAUUCACAAAUCAGCGCUAAUCUGAUAAGGACUGUCUCAGAGUACAUAAAAGAGAACCAGCUGAAGGAAGACCAACUUGGUUUCAAGAACUGCUCACCGACUCCCAACCUGGACCAUAACUGCUGCCCUUUAAGGGCUGGUAGAGGAACUCUCCAACUGGAGAUUCACAGAGCUGCAGGCCUGAGGGCAGACACCUUCACGAAAACAGAUGCCUAUGUGAAGAUCUUCUACAAUGGCAUAUAUGAAGAGACUGACACGGUGAUGGAUGACAAUGACCCGAUAUGGAAUGCCACCUAUGACUUUGGCUCAGUGGAACUGGGUCAGGAGUUGAGGUUUGAAGUCUGGGAUAGGGAUGUGCUUUACAAUGAUAUUGCAGGGAGGUGUAUUGUGUUUCCAGAGCGAGGAAUUCAUUCCUUAAGCUGUCAGCUGCGCAAAGGAGUUCUCUAUUUUACCUACAGAAUCAACUGUGAUGCUCACUUGACAGGAUAUAGGUGUGGACGAUACUCCCCCAAUGCUGAGUAGAUUAGGUAUGGAUUUACAGUAGUGCAAAAGUCUGUACCUCAUUUCUUUGUUUCUCCAUAUUUUGCUAUGAAAACAGGAAAUAGGUGCAGCAACAAACAUUACAAGAUCAACAUUUAUUAAAAAAAAAUCUAAGACAAAAUAAGGGUUUGUACAUUUGUAAUGAGCUUAAAAGUCAAUAUUUGGUAUGACCAGCUGUAGUCUUCAACACAGACUGAAUUCUGUUAGACAAGCUUUCUUGUCAUUUUUUUUAAGUAGCCUUCAGAAGUAGAUCUCCAGGCUUCUUGAAGGACAUUCCAAUGCUGUACUUUGUAUGUUGGCUACUUUUUGCUUUGUUCUCUGUCAAGAUGAUCCCCAGACUGCUACAAUAAUGCUGACGUCCAGAUUCUGAUCUAUGAUUGAGCGUUUGUGUUUUUCUAUCCAUGCAUUCUUUUACUGCAUUCAUGGAUAGAAUAUUGUCAUGCUGAAAAAUGAAGCUGUGGCCAUUCAGAUGAUUCCCAAAACCACUGGUUCCAAUGCAGCCCCAAACCAAGUCAGUUUCAACCAUGUCUUACAAUGGCUGUGGCUGUUAAGACCUGUUGCUUUUAAUUUUCAGUCCAGUUCUUGUGUAAUUGGCCACGCCCCAGCCUUUUAUCUUUCCCUUACUUGAACACUCCUCGACAGCCAUUUUUCUCUUAAGACCAUUUCUGAUGAUGCUUCAGUGACUGGUCGAUGGAUAAACUGGAAAAGCAGAUUUCUCUCUCAGAUACCAUCUAUGGUCUUUGACAUAUUUAAGUCCUCCUAUUUUUAAGGACACGCUGAACACCAUGCUGAAAUAUGUCAAGUUUUAACCGUUUUUAACUUAAAACUGUUUCUUUGCCGAGCUAUCUGUGCAUAGACAGUACUGGAAUAGGUGCUUUUUAUUAUGCUUGAAUAAGCCAUGGGUCAGUGUUGCAUGGUACAAGGUACAAGGACUGGACUUUAAAUGAGUGACCAACUAAAAACAAAGACACUUUAAAAAUUACAAUAAACUCUUGGAAACAAAAAGGAAUUAGAUAUGGCUCAAGACUUUUGCACAGUACUCUAUAUAAUCAUUUGGUGGUUCUGUUUUCCAAGACAUUAAGUCCUUCUUGUGAUUUGCCUAUAUGGCAGAACAACUUGGUAAAAUGUGCACCAAAAUGGUAUUUGAGCACAUUUUUACAGGAACAAUUUUUUCCUAAUUUUUUAAUCUGACAUGAAUGCAUUCUAAUGAUAUACAUAUAUAAUGAAUGAUAAAGUGUGCAAUUGUACAUUAUAUUGUAUUGAUACAUUUUGAUAGACUACUUGUUGUUAGUCUUCUAUAUACAUGUCAGCAGCAUUUUUGUAUAAACCAAAAUUAAAAAACAAUUGAAUCAAGA